AUGGCAGACAUUUGGUGUCGUAGAGAGAAGAACACACACCUGAGGACAGUCAGACCCAUUGUUAGCAGCAUAAACUCAGCCACUUACAACAUUUCGAAACACCUUGCUACCAUCCUACCACCUCGUGUGGGGAACACCCCACAUCACAUCAAGAACUCCACCGACUUCACCGACAAGGUCCAGAAAUUUACCCUGGAUUCAGAUAAAACCAUGGUGUCCUUUGAUGUAGUCUCUCUCUUCACUUGCAUACCCACCACGGAGGCAGUGGAGACCGUCAAAAAACGCCUACAAGAAGACAGCUCUUUGGAAGACAGAAACAACUUCACCCCCGAUCUGAUUAGCACACUGUUAGACCUCUGCCUUAUCACCACAUAUUUCAAAUACAAUGAGGGUUUCUACAGGCAAAAACAUGGCUGUGCCAUUGGCUCCCUGGUGUCGCCUAUUGUAGCCAGCCUUUACAUGGAGGAAGUGGAAAGAAAGGCUCUUGGCUCUUUAAAGGGAGAGCACACAAUGUUUCCCAAAGCCUCGCUGCUCACCCACACACUCAAACCUGAGGAUGUCCAGGCAACUACUGUGGGCAUCAAUUCCAUAGUGGACAAUGUCACCAUCAUCCUCUUAAUGCUCACCAUUGUGCUCGGCAUCACAGGGAACUUCAUGGUGAUCUGGGUGGCUGGCUUCAAACUUAAGCUGACGGUCACCAAUGUGUGGUUGGUGAAUUUGGCGAUAGCAGACCUGAUCUUCUGCUUCACACGAAUCUUCUCCCUCACUCGGUUGUUCUUGUCAGACCACUGGCCUUUUGGCCUCUUCCUCUGCAAGUUCUAUGGCUUCUUCAAAUACACCAACAUGUUCUGCUCUGUCUUCCUGCUGGCUGUGAUCAGUCUGGAUCGAGUGCUCUGCAUCUGGCAGCCAGUCCUCACAAAGCGCCGACGCACCCUGUGGACAGCGAGGGUGGUGGCAGUCUGCGUCUGGAUUGCAGCUAUCCUCUUCAGCAUUCCCUACUUCAUCCAUCGACAAACUUACAUAGACAACAACAACCUGACUAAAUGUUCUAUGAACCCAAAAAAGAUGGCAGAGGACCACAACAGCACCAAAGUUGCUCUCUAUUCCAUCCGUUUCUUGUGUGGCUUCAUAUUUCCCUUCAUGGUCAUUCUCAUCUGUUACAUCCUGGCUGGUGUGGGCAUCAGACGUACCCGUUUGGUGGCAAAGUCCCGGCCUCUGCGUAUACUAGCAUGUUUGGUCAUUGCCUUCUUCCUGUGCUGGGCACCUUAUCACUGCCUCCAACUUGUGAGAAUGAUCAAUGGUGAUAAUGCUGUGCUGAAAAUCUGGUUUACUGUAGCACAGAGCAUUGCCUUCUUUAACAGCUGUGUGAACCCACUGCUUUACUUUUGCAUGGGGCUAAAAAUGAAGUAUGGGCUUAAACAAGGUCUGAUGGGAGUUUAUACAAGGGCUCUGACGGAUGAUACAGGUGGCCAAAUUAUUCAGUGCACUGAUCAGUCUUUGGAUUAA